AUGCGCUUGCAAUGCGGCAUAAACUGCCGCAUAAGGAAUUCCACCGUGCGUUUGAAAAUCGCGAAAGAGAGCUUACUUAAUGUUUUGUCCCAUGUGGUUGGAGCAGUUGAACGUCGCCAUACUUUAAACAUUCUUUCAAACGUGAAAAUUCAAGCUACAAAUCAAGCCCUUACGAUUACAGGAUCAGAUUUGGAAGUGGAGCUUGUGGCAAGUACAACUCUAGCUGAAGGUGCAUGUUUACAAGCAGGGGAAACCACAGUUCCUGCACGUAAGUUGGUCGAUAUUUGUAAAUCUUUACCAGCAGCAGCUUUGAUUGAUUUGCAGAUCACUGAAGAUCAACGCUGUAUUUUAAAAUCUGGAAACAGUCGCUUUGUUUUAGGAACCUUACCUGCUGAAGAUUAUCCAUUGUUAACCAAUGAAAAUAGCCAAGGCACUCAAGUUCAAGUCACUGAGCGUGAAUUAAAACGUUUAUUUGAAAAAACUUCAUUUGCCAUGGCUGUGCAAGAUGUACGUUUUUACCUGACAGGUACAUUAUUGGAAAUUGAUGAAAAUCAAUUACGCGCAGUCACUACCGAUGGGCACCGUUUAGCAUUGUGUGAAACAUUAGCGUCUUCAACCGCUGCACAAUUGGUUCAAGCCAUUGUUCCACGUAAAGCAGUCGGUGAGUUACAACGUCUUUUAAGUAUUGAAGAUGAGCAACUGACCUUGUUAAUUGGUCGUGAAUUGUUAAAUGUUACCAUUCAAACCUCUAGCCGCGACAAAGAACAAGGCGAUAUUACGGUACGUUUCACAACAAAAUUAAUUGAUGGGAAAUUCCCUGAUUAUCGUCGUGUGAUUCCACGUGGCGGUGACAAAGUUGUAAAUAUUCCACAUGAUGUAUUUAAGCAAUCCUUACAACGUGUUGCGAUUUUAAGUAAUGAAAAAUUACGUGGCGUAUUCUUAAACUUUAAUGCUGAUUCUUUGCAAUUACGUGCCAAUAACCCUGAGCAAGAUGAAGCGAUUGAAGAUUUAGCUAUUCAAUAUGCCAAUGCACCGAUGGAAAUGUCGUUUAAUGCGCAAUAUAUUUUAGAUGUAUUAAGUGUUUUAGAUGGUGAUGAUGUCGCAAUGACCAUGUCUGAAGCGAAUCAGUCGGUAUUGGUACAAGAUCCAACCCAAUCUAAUCAAACUUAUGUUGUGAUGCCGAUGCCCAUGCAUAUUACGCGUUUAAAUAUACAACGUGUUCGAAACCUCAAGACGGUUGCUCUGCAUGAGUUGCAACCGUUUAAUGUUUUUUAUGGACAAAAUGGUUCAGGUAAAACAUCGAUUUUAGAAGCCAUUCAUUUAUUGGCAACAGGUCGAUCUUUUCGAACACAUAUCCCGAAAAAUUACAUUCAAAAUAAUCAAUCAGACGCCAUUGUUUUUGCCCAAUCUUUAACUGAAAAGAUUGGUAUGCAAAAGCUGCAAAGUGGUGAGCAGUUAAUUAAAGUCAAUGGUGAUACUGUUGCAACCCAAGGGCAGCUUGCCAAAAUCUUACCGUUGCAACUGAUUGACCCAUUAAGUACUGAUAUUAUUGAUCAUGGGGCAAAACCACGUCGCCAAUUGUUGGAUUGGCUCAUGUUUCACGUGGAACCAGACUUCUAUCAUGCAUGGCAAUAUUAUUCACGCGCUUUAAAGCAAAGAAAUAGCUUACUUAAAACCAAACGUAAUCUGACUUUGCUCGAUUUAGAGCCGUGGAACAAAAUGCUCAGUGAUUAUGGUGAAAUGUUACAUUCUCAACGGGUCGAGAUUGUUGAGCAAUGGAAGUUAUAUUUGCAAGAAGAUUUGGCGCAGUUGCUACCCGAUUUAAAGAUUGAAAUGGAAUACAGUGCAGGGUUCCAUGUGGAACAUGGUUUGGCCAAUGACCUGAUCCAAUAUCACCAAAAAGAUGUUGAUCGACGUUAUACCGAGUAUGGACCUCAUCGUGCAGAUAUCCGAUUAAAAACCCCUUUAGGCGAAGCGGAUGUGGUACUGUCUAGAGGGCAAAAAAAGUUAUUGAUAAUGGCUUUAAAACUAUCACAAAUUGCCAUGUUACAUGCCUGUAAUAAAGAAACUGUGGUAUUAUUAGAUGAUGUGACAGCAGAAUUAGAUUUAAGCGCACAACAACGUUUAAUUGAGCGAUUGAGCCAACUUGGUAGUCAAUUAUUCAAUGUUGACCAAGGUCAGGGAGAAACCAUGAGUUCAGAAGAUCAAAUAGCUUCUCAAACAGAACCAACCAUUGAAAAGGCUUAUGAUUCCUCUAGUAUCAAAGUAUUACGUGGUCUAGAUGCAGUUCGUAAACGCCCAGGCUUACACCAUAUGGUAUUUGAGGUCGUCGAUAACGCGAUUGAUGAAGCUUUAGCUGGUCAUUGUGAUGAAAUUUUAGUGACUAUUCAUGAAGAUGAGUCAGUCAGCGUUGCAGAUAAUGGACGUGGUAUUCCAACUGAUAUUCACCCAGAAGAAGGUGUCUCUGCUGCAGAAGUAAUUCUUACGAUUCUGCACGCAGGUGGUAAGUUUGAUGAUAAUAGCUAUAAAGUUUCAGGCGGUUUGCACGGCGUAGGUGUAUCUGUAGUUAAUGCACUUUCAAGCAAACUUGAACUUACGAUUCAUCGUGCUGGUCAUAUUCAUCAACAAGAAUAUAAACAUGGUGAUCCAGUUUAUCCGUUAAAAAUUGUGGGUGAUGUCGAAACCACAGGGACCAUUGUUCGUUUCUGGCCAAGUACUGAAACGUUUAGCCAAACGAUUUUUAAUGUCGAUAUUUUGGCACGUCGCUUACGUGAACUUUCAUUCUUGAAUGCGGGUGUUCGUAUUGUCCUACGUGAUGAACGUGUUGCCUUAGAACAUGUCUUCGAUUACGAAGGUGGUUUAUCUGAGUUUGUAAAAUAUAUUAACCAAGGUAAAACCCAUCUCAAUGAAAUCUUCCAUUUCACCACUCAAGCUGAAAAUGGCAUAGGUGUUGAAGUUGCUUUGCAAUGGAAUGAUACCUAUCAAGAGAAUGUUCGUUGCUUUACCAACAAUAUUCCACAAAAAGAUGGUGGAACGCAUUUAGCUGGUUUCCGUGCAGCGUUGACACGUGGCUUAAAUAGCUACAUGGAAAAUGAAAACUUACUCAAAAAAGAGAAAGUUGCAGUUACUGGUGAUGAUGCGCGUGAAGGCUUAACAGCAAUUGUUUCAGUUAAAGUACCUGAUCCUAAAUUCUCAUCUCAAACCAAAGAAAAAUUGGUGUCGAGUGAAGUUAAACCUGCUGUCGAGCAGGCAAUGAACAAAGCCUUUUCUGAGUAUUUAUUAGAAAAUCCUCAGGCUGCAAAAUCUAUUGCAGGCAAAAUCAUUGAUGCUGCACGUGCGCGUGAUGCUGCGCGUAAAGCACGUGAAAUGACACGUCGUAAGAGUGCGCUUGAUAUUGCCGGUCUUCCAGGUAAGUUGGCAGACUGUCAGGAAAAAGAUCCAGCACUUUCAGAAUUAUACUUGGUCGAGGGUGACUCUGCGGGCGGUUCUGCAAAACAAGGCCGUAACCGUAAAAUGCAAGCCAUUCUUCCGCUCAAAGGUAAAAUCCUGAAUGUGGAACGUGCACGUUUCGAUAAGAUGAUUUCAUCACAGGAAGUGGGUACGCUGAUUACUGCAUUAGGAUGUGGUAUUGGCCGUGAAGAAUAUAACCCAGACAAGUUGCGUUAUCAUAAAAUCAUUAUCAUGACCGAUGCUGACGUGGAUGGUUCACACAUUCGUACCCUGCUUUUGACUUUCUUCUUCCGUCAAAUGCCAGAACUUGUGGAACGUGGUUAUAUUUAUAUUGCGCAACCACCACUGUAUAAACUGAAAAAAGGUAAGCAAGAGCAGUACAUUAAAGACAAUGAUGCUUUAGAAACUUAUUUGAUUUCAAAUGCGAUUGAUGAACUUGAAUUACGUGUCAAUGCUGAAGCGCCUGCAAUUCGUGGCGUAGCAUUAGAGAAAGUGAUUGCUGAUUAUCAAACCUCUCAAAAGAGUUUGCAGCGUUUAACUGUGCGUUAUCCUGCGACCUUGCUGGAUGGUUUAUUGAGUCUUGAGCAUUUUAAACUUGAUCAAAAUCAUGACCAAGAUUAUGUACAACAAUGGGGUGAAAAACUUCGUACUGCGAUUGAAACAACGCAACCGAGUUUACGUCCAGUGUUGAGCUUGGAACCCUUUGAUAAAGAAACUGCUGAUGGGCUUAAAACGACGAUUUAUUUCCCGCGUAUAACGAUUUAUGUGCACAAUUUACCGCAUAGCUAUUUAUUAGACGCGGGUUUAUUGGCAUCGGGCGAAUAUAAACGUUUAUUGCAAAACUCGAAGAGCUGGUUCACCUUGUUAGAAGAAGGUGCUUAUCUGCAAAAAGGCGAACGUAAAAUCAACGUUUCGACUUUCCAUCAGGUUUGGCAACACAUUUUGACAGAUUCACGUCGCGGCAUGAUGAUCCAACGCUAUAAAGGUUUGGGUGAGAUGAAUGCUGAACAGCUUUGGGAAACCACAAUGGAUCCUGAAAACCGUAAUAUGCUGCAAGUGACCAUUGAUGAUGCGAUUGAAGCCGAUCGUAUGUUUGCAUGUUUAAUGGGCGAUGAUGUAGAACCACGUCGUGCUUUCAUUGAAGAAAAUGCAUUAAAUGCAGAUAUUGAUGCUUAA